AUGAAAGGCAUAGGCUAUGCCUUUCAUCUUAGGGUCUGGCUUGGGAAGUCGCCGGGGGGCCGAGAAGCUGACGGGCCGGCCUUCGCACAAGCCUGCUUACAGAAGCACUGUUCGUGGUUCAAAUUUACUCUGAUUGAGAACGCCAGAGUCAGGCUUGUGCGAGGGCCGGCCCGUCACCCUCCCGGCCCCCCGACCAUUUCGUAAGCCCGGCCCGGCCCUAGCGGGCCUCAAGAAAAAAUGGCCCGCCCGGCCCGAAUAG